UUUAUACCUUUAUUUAAACCCAAUAUUUUUCAAGCGUCACAGAACGCAGAAUUUCAGUGGAGGAUUCGCAGUGCCAUAAACCCUAGAUCCUAGAAUCCCGAAGGACGAGAAGUACCACAAUCAGAUGUCGGAUAGAGGCUAUGACUCGGACGGACCCGAGGUGUUUACUCAAGAGCAGGCUAUACAGAAAGACGAGGAAAUAAGGAAAGCUCAAAACGAAAGUAAGGCCAGGGUUAUUCGAGAGGGAAAAGCACGUCGUAGAAUAUGGGCUCAAAGGAAGACGCCACGCCCAUCUGGAAAGGAUGAAGUUCAAGAUGUAGAGCCUGAAACUCACGAAGAGCCUCUGAGCAAUAGGGGGAUGCUUCCCAGUGAUAUUGUUGAGCUUCUGGCGGCUCGUGAAAAACAAGUUCUCUUCUCUGAUUCGGAGGAUGAGAAGGCUGAAGUAAAGCACAUAAAAAGGAAAAAAAAGCUCAAGAGUGCAGGGGUAGAGCCUGUUGUUCUGAAAGACAUACCACCUGCUCAGUGCUUACAGAAUUCCUUGGAGUUCUUGAAUAAAAGGAAAAUGCAGGUCUCAAGAUCAUCUGCAGUUUUGAAGAAUUCCAAACAAGCGCUUCGCCUUAUUUCUAGCACUUUAACUAGGAACUGAUAAAUUGUGAACCUUCUAAUUUUACUGUCAUACCCAAUGCAAACAAAUGAAUGCCCAUAUAGGUUUUGGGUGUUUUGAGGCUUGAAAGGGGUACUAUAGUUCUUUUGGAAUGAUUGUCCUUCCUAUUUUCGCCAAAUGUUAAGAUUGAUUUGCAAGUAGCAGAUCCAACAAGAGCAUUACACCUAUAACUCACUGUGGUUAUCAGCUAUGCCCUGCAUUAUUGAUCACACUAACUUAAAGAUUCCAAUAGAUCAUUUAAUAGUACAAUUCUUGCUUCAUUUUCUUUUA